AUGAGUGAUGGUAAGCGAAUCCUUAAUCAAAUACAUGAUUAUCGCGCCACCAAUGUUAUUGGAUUCAUUGCAAUGACCGCGACCAUACACCAGGAGCGGAGUCAGGGACCGGAGAUUAGGGCACCCGAGGUACGGUUCAAUGUGGAUUGGGGCUCCAAGGUUGAUAUUUGGGGUCUUGGUGUCAUGGUGCGAGAUAUCUUCGAAGACAGACAUCUGUUCGACGCGCGCGACGAAGACGGAGGCUACUCGCCCUCGCAUCAUGUGGCUGAGAUGGUGGCGUAUCUUGGAUUGCCGCCUGUAUCGUUUGUGCGACGGAGUAAAUGGCUGGGUGCGGGCGGGGUCACUGUCCCUGCAACUUCCCUGCAGGAGGUAGAGGAGAAUCUUACAGGAGAGAACCAGCAGAUGUUUCUCGAGUUUAUGCGGUCGAUGCUGCAGUGGAUCCCUGAGAAGAGGAAGACAGCCCAGGAGCUGCUGGACGACGCCUGGCUGAAUUAG